CCCUCCCUUGAGUCUGCCCUCAAGAGGGCGACGAGGAAGCGGCCACCUCCCUGCGCCCCGCCCCUUGGGCUUGCUUGCUGGCUCCCGGCUCCUCCCGACUUCUCCCGGCCCUCUCCCGACUCCCUUCGGCUCCGGCUCCGGCUCCGGCUUGGCGGCGGCGGCGGGCAGUUGCAGUGGUGCAGAAUGGCUGACCUCAGUCUUGCAGAUGCAUUAACAGACCCACCUCCAGAAAUUGAGGAGGAGAUAAAACGGGACUUUAUUGCCACACUGGAGGCAGAGGCCUUUGAUGAUGUUGUGGGAGAAACCGUUGGAAAAACAGACUAUAUUCCUCUCCUGGAUGUUGAUGAGAAAACUGGGAACUCGGAGUCAAAGAAGAAACCAUGCUCAGAUACUAGCCAGGUUGAGGGUAGUCCAUCUUCUAAACCAACAGUGCUGGCCAAUGGUGAUCACGGAAUAGAAGGAAAUGAUACUACAGGCUCUCCAACUGAAUUCCUUGAAGAGAAAAUGGCCUACCAGGAAUAUCAGAACAGCCAGAACUGGCCAGAAGAUACAAACUUAUGUUUCCAGCCUGAGCAAGUGGUGAAUCCUAUCCAGACUGAUCCCUUUAAGAUGCACCACGAGGACGGCCUGGCAGAUUUGCUCUUUCUCUCUGGUAGAACAACUUUUACAGGGCAAAAUGAUCCCCUGAAAGACAAUUAUGGUAUGUCUCCCUGUGACACGUUUGCUCCCACAGCUGUUAUACCUCAGGGGUGGUCUGUGGAAUCCCCAAACACUUCCCACUCAGGAUCCUUUGUUUCCCCAGAGGUCAUUACAGAACCUACACAGCUGACAGCAGAGCUAACCAAGGAGUUAGAAAUGGCAUCAGCAGAAGAGAGGUCACCAACAGAAGCAUUUGAAAUAAUGAUGGGACUGAAGACUACUGACAUGGCACCGUCUAGAGAAACAGAGAUGGCCCUGGCCAAGGAUAUGGCACCGACCACAGAAACAGAGAUGGUAUUGGCUAAAGAUAUGGAACUACCCACCAAAUCAGAUGUUGCACUGGCCAAGGAUGACAUGCAACCAUCCACUGAAUCAGAUAUAGCCCUAGUCAAGGACAUGGUACUACCCAUAGAAACAAAAGUGGCCCCAGUUAAGGAUGUUGUAUGGCCCACAGAAACCGAUGUGUCUUCAGCCAAGGAUAUAACACUUUUCAAAGAAACUGAGAGGGCACCACCGAUAAAAAUGGAUUUUGUCCCACAUGAAGGCAUGGUACCACCCAAAGAAAGAGAGAUAGCCACAGCCAAGGGUAUGGUAUCACUCUCAGAAAUAGAGGUGGCACUGGCUAAAGACAUGGUAUCAUCUACAGAAAUAUCAGCCGAGGAGGUGGCCUUAUCCUCAGAAACAGAGAUGGCCCUGGCCAGGGAAAUGGGACUGCCCCCAGAAACCAAGGUGGUCCUGACCAAGGAUGUAGCAUUGCCCCUAGAAACAGAGGUGGCCCCAGUCAAGGACAUGGCUCUACCCCCAAAAACAGAAAUGGUCCUGAGUAAGGAUGUGGUUCUGCCUCCAGAAACAGAGGUAGCCCCAGUAAAGGACAUGGCUCAACUCCCAGAAGCAGAAAUGGCCCUUGGCAAGGAUGUCACUACACCCCCAGAAACAGAGGUGGACCUGAACAAGGAUGUGGCUCAAUUCCCAGAAACAGAAAUGGCCCUCAGCAAAGAUGUGGCUUCACCCCCAGAAACAGAGGUAACCCUGAUCAAGGAUGUGCCUCUGCCUCUAGAAACAGAGGUGGCCCUGGUUAAGGACCUGGCUCCAUACCCAGGAACAGAGGUAGCCCUGGCUAAGGAUGAGGCUCUGCUCCCUGGAUCAGAGGUAGCCCUGGCUAACAAUGUGAGUCCAGCCAAGGAUGUUGCACCACUCUCAGGAACAAAGGUGGCACCAGUUCCAUUUAAAGACAUGGAAAUUGCACAGAUACAGGAAGGAAUGAGUGAGGAUUCGAAGUUAGAAUCUCUCCAGGAUGAGAGGCAGUCAGCUGCACCUACUUUCAUGAUUUCACCAGAACCAGUCACAGCCGUGGGCCAAAAGUACAACUUGCCAACAGACAAAGAUUCUCUGUUAGAAAAACUGGAACAAAAGGAACCAUUCAUCAGUCCACCUUCUGAACUUUCUUCAGAGACUUUAGGUACUCUUCCCACACAAGCCAAACAAGUUUGCAGACCCAGUGACCACAGGUCAGUCCGACCCAAGCCUGCCAGGGUCCCUCCUGAGCUGCUGGGAGGCUCUCCUUCACAGAAGACUUUUGAUCCCAGGCUGGGCCCCUGCUCUUUGUCUGAAUUGUGUUGGGUCUCUGGUUCAUCUUCCUGUGGUGAGCCUGGGAACCAAAGGAAAAGUAUUCAUGCUGACUUUCUUGAACCCCAGAGGAAUCAUGGUAGGGAGGCCUGGGAUAUAGAAAGCAUACCAAUGAUGAUGAAGAAAAAGAAGAGGAAACCAAAGCAAAAGAGAUAUUGUCAACCACGCGCUGGGGGACCUUGGGAUGAUGACAAUGCAAAUGAGCCUAAAGGUCAUCCCUUUGCAGCUGACCCACAAAAAUCAGGAGCUCUCCCCAGCCAGCCUACCACUAUGGGCAUGGACUGUGGACUUGUAUCCAGAGGAAGCUUGAAAAAGGAAUGUGUAGUUGACUCCAGAGCAGCCCAACUGGUAACUGAUAACAUAGUCUCAGAGGGUCUCAGAAUUACUUUGUGUCGUUCAGAAGAACCCCCCAAAACUGCAGUAAAUUCUCAGCCCAAGAUAAGAGUAGAGGAAGAGGGCAAAGGUAACAAGUCAGUACCAGAGAGUCAAGGUAAGAAAUUGCUGCAGCAGGAUGAAUACAAAGCACAGCCUGAACCCCACCUGAAGACUCCUGUGGAUAAAAGCCAGACAGUAGGCCCUCUGAAUCUGAAAAGAACCCUGACAGAAGUUUCUACACACAAAGUAGAAACUUCUUUGGAAAUCAGACCCACAGAGGGUUGUGUUCCUAUCUUGGACCAGGAGGUUAUGGGUGAAGUUUCAAAACCCACAGCAGCAAAAGAACUGCCUAAUUUGACACCCACUUUGACAGCAAGUAGUCCAUUAGAAAAUAGUCUAAGAGAAGAGAAUGAUGAAAGUAAAAUGACUAAACUGCAGAAUGUCACACAGAAAGAGUUUCCUAAAGAAGCUGAAGACAUUAAAGAACUAAAAAAGGAAACUUUUCCCAAGCAAAGACAAGACUUUGCUUCUGAGCAGCUGCAGGGCCAGGUGUUAGUUCAGGUCCCUGGGCUAGAGAGUGAACCAUUCAAGAGAAUGUCAGGUGAUGGCAAAAGCAGGAAGGGAAGAGGAAGUUCUGGGAAAGUGAGAGCAAGUUCUGGGAACGUAAGAGCAGAAUCUGAGUCGCCGUUUCUUCUGGACAGCCAGAAACAUGGAAGGGCUGUUCUUGGGCCAUGUGAGCCAGUCCCUAAAACCAAAGGAAUGACUACCGAGGGUAAGAGUGAGGAGCUGGGGCCAGAUUCUUCAAAGCAGCUGGAGACCAUGGCUGACCUCACUGAGGCAGUGGUGAUGGGGGAGCCUAAGGAGAUGACUCACACUAGAGUGGCAAGCACCUUGAUUCCUUUAGAAAAUGGGUCAGGCAUGACUCAGAAUUCUGGUGCUAGGACAGAAAGAGGAGCCAUCGUCAAAGAUAUGGGUCUCAGUAACCAGAGCAAGGAAGGAAAGUGUCCUUGGAUGGAUCAGGAGGUAGCACCCUGGAUUUCUGAAAAGCCUAAAAAGAGAGGCAAUGAAGGCAAAAACAAAAAGUUAAGAAAUAAUUAUUCCACACAGCCUGCUAGAAUGGAGGGCAAGGAAGAAAUCUUCAACCCCCCUUUUGUAGGGAAGGAUGGAGAUGAUGGUAAUAGUCCCCAUAAAAACAAGGAAUUAGGGCUAAUUUUCCCCAAAAUGCAUGAUCCUUUGUUCUCGCAUACAUCAGAUACAUCCACAGUGGAAGUAGUUGUCAGAAAGGGUAGAAAUGUUGAGGUUAAUUCUGUUGAGUUUGGGGUUCCUGGGAGGAACAAAACAAACACAGUCAAGGAUUCUGCUGUUAUUGAACCAGCUGCCAAGGUGACAGAUGGGAGCUGCCAAGACCAAAUCUGGGUGGCAGGAUUUGUUCCUUUAGUACUGUCUGAGGAGGGUAAGGCAGAUGCAGCCAAGGGACACACUGCAGUGGCUGACAAACCAAAUAAAAGGAGUAAUGAUGGAAAAAAUAAAAAGGUUAAAAAUAGUUUUCCCAAGAAGUGCAUUCUGGAGAAUAAGAUAGAUUCAACAAAAAUACAUGUUCCCAUGGAAACCACAGGGGACCACAGAAUUGAAGGAAUGGGCUAUGUGGACGAAAAUAGAAAUAUUACAUUUACCUGUCCCAGAACGCCAUCAGGGCUGAUGAAUAUGUCAGCUUCUCUAGAGGCUCUGCAAUCAGCAGCCUGUGAAAUACCACCCAUUCCUACUCCUCAAGUAGUAAAGGAAGGUGAUUCCUUUCCAGACACCUUGGUAAAAAGUGGUGAAGCCCCAGCCCAGAUUUCCAAAUUACUAGUGGUAGAUCACUGUAAGAAAGUUGGAGUCCCAGGUCAAGAAAAACCCAAGACUGCCUCUAUUCAGGAAUCAGCAGCCUGUGAAAAACCAACCAUUCCUACUCUUCAGGUAAUAAAGGAGGGUGAUUUCUUUCCAGACACCUUAGCAAACAGUGGGCAAGAGACAGCCUCAGCCCCUAUUUCCAAAUUACUAAUAGUAGAUCACUGCAAGAAAGAUGGGGUCCCAGGUCAAGAAAGACCCAAGGCUCCCCAUGCUGAAAUGCCCUCUACAGGCACAGGAGGAGUUGCCCUAACUUUAACAGCAGCCAUAGAAGCAGUUAACAGUCUUGGAGAUCACUGCCUCAAGAAUAAAGGCAAGCUUGCUGAUCCCAUGAAAAAUGAAGCAGGGAUAGAUGAAGGGCAUGUGGUAAGAGAAUCUGAGUCAGUGCACAGUGGUGCAUCUGAACAUUCAGUAGAGAAAAUCACAGAGCUAACAAAGGGGCACCUUCUUCCUGGAGUGCCAGGAGAAGACCAGAGCGUACCAGGAGAGGUCAGAGUCCUGGAAGUAUAUUCAGAUAGGGCUUGUUUCCCAGCAUAUCCAGUGAACAAAGAGAAAGAGACUGAGGAAGGUUCUGUUCCAGUUCAAAUUCCUGAUUUAAUGGGAGAGAAAGCACAAAAUUUCAGUUUUUGUGAGGACCAAAAUACUGAAGACAGAGAUUCCAAGGGCCCAGAUAAUUUGGAUAAGGAGAUGGAUAUGACUUUCUUACCUCCAAAAACUGAAAAGGAUAAAUUGAAAGAAAUUAGUCUGGCUUGUAAAAUCUCAGAAUUGGAAUGUGUUUCCUUGCCAGAACCAGAACCUAAGUCAGAUUUCCUAUAUGGCAAAGUUGAAGCUCCUCCUUCAGGGGUAGAAAAGUUAGUAAUAACUGCCUCCAGGGGUCUUCAGUGCUCAGAACCCAAAGAUGAGAUCUUGGAGGUACCUCAGAAAAUGACAGAAAAAUCUGAACCAAAGACACUAGGAGACAGGAAGAAGGAAGAUAAAAGCAGAGUGGCAGAACCAAUGAAAGGCUACAUGAGACCCACCAAGUCCCGAGGACUUACUCCAGUUUUGCCAAAAUCCACAAUCCAGGAACGAGAGAGAUCCAGGCCACCGAAGUCCAGUGGAAUAGCCAGGCCAGAAGAAGGACGACCUGCAGUGAGUGUGACCAGAAAUGACAUCACCACACCACCAAACAAGGAGCUCCCACCAAGCCCAGAGAAGAAGACAAAGCCUUUGGCCACCACUCAACCUGCAAAGACUUCAACAUCGAAAGCCAAAAUACAGCCCACUUCUCUCCCUAAGCAGCCAGCUCUCACCACCUCUGGUGGGUCGAAUAAAAAACCCAUGAGCCUUGCUUCAGGCUUAGUACCAGCUGCCCCACCCAAACGCCCUGCUGCCGCCACUGCCAGGCCUUCCAUCUUACCUUCAAGAGACACGAAGCCAAAGCCUGUUGCUGAGGCAAAGGUUCCUGAGAAGCGGACCUCACCAUCCAAGCCGGCCUCAGCCCUAGCCCUCAGACCUGGAUCCAAGAGCACCCAGACUGUUCCAAAAGCCACAACAGCUGCCACUCUUGCUGCAGCUGGGCCAAGCAGUAGGAGCCCCCCCACACCCCUGCCCAAAAAGCCCACUGCCAUUAAGACUGAGGGAAAACCUGCAGACAAUAAGAAGAUGACUGCAAAGUCUGCACCAGCUGAACUAAGUCACCCAAAGAGCACCUCCACCAGUUCCAUGAAGAAAAAUACUACUCUCGCUGGAGCAGGACCCCCGGCGGGGGUGGCUUCUACUCGAAUCAAGUCUACCCCCACGCCUCCCCGGCCCUCCAUGCCUCCUCCCACAGACAAGAAGCCCACUUCGGCCAAGCCCAGCUCCUCUGCCCCCAGACUGAGCCGCCUGGCCACCAAUGCUUCUGCCCUUGACCUGAAGAAUGUCCGGUCCAAGGUUGGCUCCACGGAAAACAUCAAGCAUCAGCCUGGAGGAGGCCGGGCCAAAGUAGAGAAAAAAACAGAGGCAGCUGCUUCAGCUCGAAAGCCUGAACCUAAUGCAGUCACUAAAACAGCCGGCCCAAUUGCGAGUGCACAGAAACCGCCUGCUGGGAAAGUCCAGAUAGUCUCCAAAAAAGUGAGCUACAGCCAUAUUCAGUCCAAGUGUGGUUCCAAGGACAAUAUUAAGCAUGUCCCUGGAGGUGGUAAUGUUCAGAUUCAGAACAAGAAAGUGGACAUCUCUAAGGUCUCCUCCAAGUGUGGAUCCAAGGCUAACAUCAAGCACAAGCCAGGUGGAGGAGAUGUCAAGAUUGAAAGUCAGAAGUUGAACUUCAAAGAGAAGGCCCAGGCAAAGGUGGGAUCCCUCGAUAACGUGGGCCACCUGCCUGCAGGAGGUGCUGUGAAGACUGAGGGCGGUGGCAGCGAGGCCCCUCCGUGUCCGGGCCCCCCCGCGGGGGAGGAGCCCACCAUCUCUGAGGCAGCGCCUGAAGCUGGCGCCCCCACUUCAGCCAGUAGCCUCAGUGGCCACACCACCCUGUCAGGGGGUGGUGACCAAAGGGAGGCCCAGACCUUGGACACCCAGAUCCAGGAGACAAGCAUCUAAUGAUGACAUUCUGGUCUCGUCUUCCAUCUCCCCUGUGUUCCCCUUCUUGUCUCGCCCAUUCCCCUCUCCCUUCCCUCCUCCCGUGUCACUGCAGAUUGAGACCUACAGGCUGACGUUCCGGGCAAAUGCCAGGGCCCGCACCGACCACGGGGCCGACAUUGUCUCCCGCCCCCCUCACUUCCCUGGCGGCCCCAUCUCGGGUUCCUGGGCCCUUGGCUCCCUUUCCCGGGCUGUCCACUAGUCCUGUGAGCGCUUGGGUGCUGAGCAGCCCUCCAGGCCCUCCCUCCCCUGCCUCGCUCGCCCAGGGCAGCAGCAGCCCUGCUCCCACACCUCCUUCCACUCCCUGCCUGGGUGGCUCCCUGCUUUGUUCCCAUCCCAUCAUUGCACCACUGCUGUGUGGAAAAGGUUGGGAGGGGAAUGGGAUGGAUAAGGCUAAGUUGGGAUUUUGUGGGGUCUAGGAGGGGGAAACUGGAUUCUAACCUCCUCUCUGUUUGGGUUUUUUGGACCAAACCCAAGAGAAACUGACAUUCACUCCUUCCUGCCUGCAUCAACCUGGAGGGGAAAGCGUGGAGGUGGAUUCCGUGUGAUGACCAGGCGCUGACUGUGUCCCCUGGAGCCCGCUAAGCCACUGCCUCUCCCUUUGACCCCACAGUGGUGCCCUAUCAUGCAGGUUGUCCCAGGCCCCCCUUGCUGCCCCACCCCAAGUUAGUUAGGGGUCAGUGCUGCCCAUCCCCACUGCUUACCAUACCUGCCUAGCUGCUGUCACACUUUUCUUUUUCUUAUUUUAUCCUUUUUUUUUUUUUUUCUAAUAACCUAAAAACUGGUGAAAUAGUUUUGCAGGUUGAAGCCAUGUCUAAUUGAAAGUCUGCAGUAGGUGUUAAAGGAAAUAGGGAGGGGAGAUCCUUAAGCCUCCACCCAGGAGGAUGUCAGGCAGUGGGGGCUGUCCUGCUCUGUGCAGCUUGGAGCCCUGGUGAUGGCGUGGGCAAGGAAGUGAGGUGCAGGGCUGUGGCCUGAUGAACAGGUCAGGCACACUAGGGGCUGGUCAGAGUGUGGACUGGUUGUUUUGGCAUUUUGUGUGUAUGCUGCUUUUCUUUUCUAACCAAGAUGCUGGUUUUGGCAUCUCUGUCUGUUAUAUUCCUUGGGAUCUGGUGGUCAGGCCUGGGAUACAAGGCCAAGGCUGGAGAAACAGGAAAGGGCCAUGGAGGUCAAAAUCCUUCAGACCUGCACCUGCAGGGCUAGGACACUCGACCCCUCAUGUCCAGGGGAGCCUGCGAUGUCCAGAACUCAAGUGGAUGGUGGGGAAUCAGGUCUGGAAAUUUAAAAAUAAAAGGCAUAAGACUGAGGCCAUCCUACUUACUUAUAGCCUGGAUGGGGAGGAGAGAGAUGAGGCCAGCCUGCUGAGGGGUAUCCCAGCCAGGCCGGGUCUUGGGAUGGCUGCAAUGAUGAGAAAUCCCGGGAAUUGUAUUGACACAAAGAUUCUUAUUGCACUUGUAUUUUUUGUAUUAAAGUUUGCAUGGUUUCUAAUAAAGGAUUAAAACAUAAGUUUGUAGUGAAAUGGCCUGGGAGUUUUCGAGGGCUUCUCUACAGGGGCAUUUUCUGCUGUGCAGAUUUGCCUCUGAGGAAGCUGCUCAGACGUGGCCCCUGAGGCCCUCCUUUCUCUGCCCCUCUGCUCCUGGUGUCCCUUGGAGCUGGAGAAGGUAGGGGUAUUUACUUUGGUUCAGACUUGAUCUCCAUGUAGAGGGAGGGUGUCCCUGGUCCUGACGGGUCUUUCUUCCCCAUUUCUGAGGUAGCAGUUUUCUUGGGGAGGCUUGACACCAUAUCCCCAGUUCCCCCAGCACACACCCAGAAAUUGUAGGAGCCUUGGAGAAAGUGCUACCUGAGCCAGGGGGUACUGGCUUUCUUCCCCAGUGACUAACUGCUGAAUAUUUCAACCAUGCCAGGGACAUCAGGGCACACGGGUGUUUUGUCAGUAGGAGGAACGGGCGAGAUGAAUUUGGGGAGAAUGAAGCAAUGGGGGUUGGGAGUAAAGAGAUGUGGCAGGGGUGAGAGCAAUAGGCAAAAAGGCCCCUGCUGCCUUCCGUGUUAAUCCUGGGGCCACAAGGAUGCUGAGGUUGACAGUAGGCUCUGGGUCCUUUCACUCCUUUGGCCAAGGGUCAGGAGGGAGAUAACCCAAUGAGAGCUCUCUAGGUGGGCAGCAGGGAGUGGUCAGUGUUCUUAGAGGUUGGUCACAGUUUCCUUAAUGGGUCCCAUAUGCCACAGCACCUGGAAAGGCUGGCCUGACAGGUGGGGACCAGUUGCCCAUGUGACAUGUACUACGUUUGUGGGUGGGAUACUUCUGUACUCAAUUAUGGCUCAGCCAUUACCUGUGUCCACCUGUGGUUCUGUUGUAAUGAUUUCAAGACUAAAUAAAGCUGCCUGAUGUCCCUUUA